ACCAUGGGGGAUGUGAAGCUGGCUGCGACACACGUUUCCAAAACCUCCCUCGCUGUGGAUCACUCGAGAGUCGGCUCCAUGCCCCUGACCGAGGCCCCUGCUUUCAUUUUGCCCCCUCGGAACCUCUGCAUCAAGGAAGGGGCCACCGCCAAGUUUGAAGGGAGGGUCCGGGGUUACCCAGAGCCCCAAGUGACAUGGCACAGAAACGGGCAACCCAUUGCCGGUGGGGGCCGCUUCCUGCUGGAUUGUGGUACCCGGGGGACUUUCAGCCUUGUGAUUCAUGCUGUCCAUGAGGAGGACAAGGGAAAGUAUACCUGUGAAGCCACCAAUGGUAGUGGUGCACGCCAGGUGACAGUGGAGUUGACGGUAGAAGGGGGCUUUGUGAAGAAGCGUGGUCAGCCUCUUGUUUCCAAAACCUUGGGGGACAGAUUUGCAGCCCCUGCGGUGGAGACCCGUCCUAGCAUCUGGGGAGAAUGCCCACCAAAGUUUGCUACUAAGCUGGGCCGAGCGGUGGUCAAAGAAGGACAGAUGGGGCGAUUCUCCUGCAAGAUCACUGGCCGGCCCCAGCCACAGGUCUCCUGGCUCAAGGGAGAUGUUCCCCUGCAGCCCAGUUCCCGUGUGUCUAUGUCUGAGAAGAAUGGGGUGCAAGUCCUGGAAAUCCACGAGGUCAACCAAGAUGACGUGGGAGUGUACACGUGCAUGGUGGUGAACGGGUCAGGGAAGGCCUCCAUGUCUGCUGAGCUCUCCAUCCAAGGCUUGGACAUUGCCAAUAGGUCGCUUGUGAGAGGAGCAAAGGUGGCCAAUUCAGACAUCAGGAAGGAAGUGACCCAUGGAAUCGCUCAGGGGCUGAAACUGGAUGGCCUGGAGGCUGCAGCUGAGAGUAAGAACUGCUCCAGCCUCCAGAGAGGUGGCUCCCCGACCUGGGCCACGGGGAACCAGCCUCAGCCCCUGAGGGAAUCUGAGCCGGAGCCAUCGGGGAACUCGCCCGGAAAGGCCCUGAGGACCCCCGUCCUGCAGAAGACUUCCAGCACCAUCACCCUGCAGGCCGCAAAAGUGCAGCUGGCACCGAGAGUGCCAGUCUCGGAUGCUCUGUCUCCUUCCAGAGAAGAGAGGGAGAAGCCAGCUGCUUGCCCUCCAGCCGCCCUCCACACCAGGCAGUGUGGCCUGGGAAGCCAAGACACUGUGAGCCAGGUUGCUACCAGGAAGGUCCCCACGGAGGGCCAGGGGGACACAACAUUCCCCAAAUUUGAGAGCAAGCCUCAAAGCCAGGAAGUCAAUGAGGAUCAGCCAGUCAAGUUCAGAUGCGAGGUUUCAGGGAUCCCGAAGCCCGAAGUGACCUGGUUCCUGGACGGUGCCCCCUUGAGGAGAAGAGAAGGCACCAUCGAGGUUUAUGAAGCUGGGGGGACCCAUUACCUCUGCCUCCUGAGAGCCCGGGCCAGGGACAGCGGGAACUACAGCUGCACAGCCACCAAUGUCCGAGGCCGGGUGUCCUGUGGCUGGACCCUCCUGGUGAAAAGGCUGGCCGUGAUGGAGGCGGCCCCCUCAUUCUCCAGUGUCCUAAAGGACUGCACUGUCGUUGAGGGCCAGGACUUUGUGCUGCAGUGCUCGGUGCAGGGGACCCCGGUGCCCCGAAUCACUUGGCUGCUCAAUGGGCAGCCCAUCCAGUAUGCUCACUCCACCUGCGAGGCUGGCGUGGCUGAGCUCCACAUCCAGGAUGCCCUCCCAGAGGACGAUGGCACCUACACCUGUCUGGCCGAGAACACCUUGGGGCAGGUGUCCUGCAGCGCCCGGGUCACUGUCCAUGAAAAGAAGAGUGACGAGAAGAGUGAGUACCUCCUGCCCACGGCCUCCAGCAAGCCCGUCGCGCCCCUCUUCCUGCAGGGCCUCUCUGAUCUCAGAGUCAUGGACGGGAGCCAGGUCACCAUGACAGUCCAGGUGUCAGGGAACCCGCCCCCUGAGGUCAUCUGGCUUCACAACGGGAAUGAGAUCCAGGAGUCAGAAGACUUCCACUUUGAACAGAGAGGCACUCAGCACAGCCUUUGUAUCCAGGAAGUGUUCCCUGAGGACACGGGCACUUACACCUGUGAAGCCUGGAACAGCGCAGGAGAGGUCCGCACCCAGGCCAUGCUCACAGUGCAAGAGCCUCAGGAUGGCACCCAGCCCUGGUUCAUCAGCAAGCCCCGCUCAGUGACAGCCUGCCUGGGCCAGAGUGUCCUCAUCUCCUGUGCCAUAGCUGGGGACCCCUUCCCCACUGUGCACUGGCUCCGGGACGGCAAAGCCCUCUCCAAAGACACUGGCCACUUCGAGGUGCUACAGAAUGAGGACGUGUUCACCCUGGUUCUAAAGAACGUGCAGCCCUGGCAUGCCGGCCAGUAUGAGAUCCUGCUCAAGAACCGGGUUGGUGAAUGCAGUUGCCAGGUAUCACUGAUGCUACAGAGCAGCCCUGCCAGAGCUGUCCUGCGGGGGAGGGAGCCUGCCAGCGGUGAGGGCCUCUGCAGCCGGGGAGCUGGCGCUGAUGGUGGUGGAGGUGGCAGCUACGGGAGCCUGAGGCCCGGCUGGCCAGCAGGAGGGCAGGGCGGGCCCGACGAGGGAGACGGCGAGGGCGUGCGCGGGGUGCUCACGAGGCGCGUGGAGACGCGGCAGCACACGGAGGAGGCCAUCCGCCAGCAGGAGGUGGGGCAGCUGGACUUCCGCGACCUCCUGGGCAAGAAGGUGAGUACCAAGACCUUGUCUGAAGAGGACCUGAAGGAGACCCCAGCCGAGCAGAUGGAUUUCCGCGCCAACCUGCAGCGGCAGGUGAAGCCGAAGACUGUGUCGGAGGAAGAGAGGAAGGUGCAUAGCCCCCAGCAGGUGGACUUCCGCUCUGUCCUGGCCAAGAAGGGGACUCCCAAGACCCCUGUGCCUGAGAAGGUGCCACCUCCAAAACCUGCCACCCCAGAUUUUCGCUCCGUGUUGGGUAGUAAGAAAAAAUUACCUGCAGAGAAUGGCAGUAACAACUCUGAAGCCUUGAACGCCAAGGCAGCAGAAGGUCCCAAGCCUGCAGGCAAUGCCCAACCUUCAGGAUUUCUGAAAACCGUGGGCAAUGCCAAGCCGGCCGAGACCCCCAAACCCGUGGGUAAUGCCAAGCCGGCCGAGACCCCCAAACCCUUGGGUAAUGCCAAGCCGACUGAGACCCCCAAACCCUUGGGUAAUGUCAAGUCAGCUGAGACCCCCAAACCCUUGGGCAAUGCUAAGUUGUCCGAGGGCCCCAAACCAGCUGGGAACGAAGAACUUAAGAAGGAGGUUAAGAAUGAUGUGAACUGCAAGAGGGGCCAUGCAGGGGCCACAGAUAAUGAAAAAAGACCUGAGAGCCAAGGGACAGCCCCAGCCUUCAAGGAGAAGCUACGCCAUCUCCGUGUGGUGGAGGGCGAGAAACUGCUGCUCCAGUGCCAGGUGUCCUCUGACCCCCCGGCCACCAUCACCUGGACACUGAAUGGGAAGAUGCUCAAGGCUACCAAGUUCAUUGUCCUCUCCCAAGAAGGCUCACUGUGCUCCGUGUCCAUUGAGAAGGCACUGCCCGAGGACAGAGGCUUAUACAAGUGCGUAGCCAAGAACAGCGCCGGCCAGGCUGAGUGUUCCUGCCAAGUCACCGUGGACGAUGCCCCCACCAGUGAGAACGCCAAGGCCCCGGAGAUGAAAGCCCGGAGGCCAAAGAGCUCUCUUCCUUCCAUGCUAGGAACGGAGAGUGAUGCAACUGUGAAAAAGAAACCUGCCCCCAAGACACCUCCGAAGGCAGCCGUGCCCCCUCAGAUCAUCCAGUUUCCUGAGGACCAAAAGGUGCGUGCAGGAGAGCCUGUGGAGCUGUUUGGUAAAGUGGCCGGCACCCAGCCCAUCACCUGCACCUGGAUGAAGUUCCGAAAGCAGAUCCAGGAGAGUGAGCACAUCAAGGUGGAGAACAGUGAGAAUGGCAGCAAGCUCACCAUCCGGGCUGCACGCCAGGAGCACUGUGGCUGCUACACUCUGCUGGUGGAGAACAGGCUGGGCAGCAGGCAGGCCCAGGUCAACCUCACCGUUGUGGACAAGCCAGACCCCCCGGCCGGCACGCCUUGUGCCUCUGACAUUCGCAGCUCCUCGCUGACCCUGUCCUGGUACGGCUCCUCGUACGAUGGGGGCAGCGCUGUACAGUCCUACAGCGUCGAGAUCUGGGACUCAGCGGACAAGAAGUGGAAGGAACUAGCCACGUGCCGCAGCACCUCUUUUAACAUCCAGGACCUGCUGCCUGACCGAGAGUAUAAAUUCCGUGUGCGCGCAAUCAACGUCUAUGGAACCAGUGAGCCGAGCCAGGAGUCUGAACUCACAGUGGUGGGAGAGAAACCUGAGGAGCCGAAGGAUGAAGUGGAGGUGUCAGAUGAUGAUGAAAAGGAGCCCGAGGUCGAUUACCGGACCGUCGCGGUCAAUACCGACCAGAAAGUGUCUGACUUCUACGACAUCGAAGAGAGACUAGGAUCUGGGAAAUUUGGACAGGUCUUUCGACUUGUAGAAAAGAAAACUGGAAAAAUCUGGGCAGGGAAAUUCUUCAAGGCAUACUCAGCAAAAGAGAAAGAGAACAUCCGGCAGGAGAUCAGCAUCAUGAACUGCCUCCACCACCCCAAGCUGGUCCAGUGUGUGGAUGCCUUCGAAGAGAAGGCCAACAUCGUCAUGGUCCUGGAAAUCGUGUCCGGGGGCGAGCUGUUCGAGCGCAUCAUCGACGAGGACUUCGAGCUGACCGAGCGGGAAUGCAUCAAGUACAUGAGGCAGAUCUCGGAGGGGGUGGAGUACAUCCACAAGCAGGGCAUUGUCCACCUGGACCUCAAGCCCGAGAACAUCAUGUGUGUCAACAAGACAGGCACCAGGAUCAAGCUCAUCGACUUCGGUCUGGCCAGGAGGUUGGAGAACGCGGGGUCUCUGAAGGUCCUCUUUGGCACCCCAGAGUUCGUUGCACCUGAAGUGAUCAACUAUGAGCCCAUUGGCUACGCCACAGACAUGUGGAGCAUCGGGGUCAUCUGCUACAUCCUGGUCAGUGGACUGUCCCCCUUCAUGGGUGACAACGAUAACGAAACCUUAGCCAACGUCACCUCAGCCACCUGGGACUUUGACGACGAGGCCUUCGAUGAGAUCUCUGAUGACGCCAAGGAUUUUAUCAGCAGCUUGCUGAAGAAAGAUAUGAAAAACCGCUUGGAUUGCACCCAGUGCCUUCAGCAUACAUGGCUAACGAAAGACACCAAGAACAUGGAGGCCAAGAAACUCUCCAAGGACCGGAUGAAGAAGUACAUGGCAAGAAGAAAAUGGCAGAAAACGGGCAAUGCUGUGAGAGCCAUUGGAAGACUGUCCUCUAUGGCAAUGAUCUCAGGGCUCAGUGGCAGGAAAUCUUCAACAGGGUCACCAACCAGCCCACUCAAUGCAGAAAAACUAGAGUCUGAAGAAGAUGUCUCCCAAGCUUUCCUUGAGGCUGUCGCUGAGGAAAAGCCCCAUGUAAAACCCUACUUUUCUAAGACCAUUCGUGAUUUAGAAGUUGUGGAGGGAAGUGCUGCUAGAUUUGACUGCAAGAUCGAAGGAUACCCAGACCCUGAGGUCGUCUGGUUCAAAGAUGACCAGUCAAUCAGGGAGUCCCGCCACUUCCAGAUAGACUACGAUGAGGAUGGGAACUGCUCUUUAAUCAUUAGCGAUGUUUGCGGGGAUGAUGAUGCCAAGUACACCUGCAAGGCUGUCAACAGUCUUGGAGAAGCCACCUGCACAGCAGAGCUCAUUGUGGAAACCAUGGAGGAAGGAGAAGGAGAAGGAGAGGGGGAAGAAGAAGAGGAGGAAGAAUGAAACAAAGCCAGAGAGAAGCAGUUUCUAAGUCAUAUUACAAAGACUAUCUCUCUAAAGCUCAAAAAACCCAAGACAGUAAAAGCACCUAGUGUGAUAGAUUAUUUAGUUAGGUCAUUUGGGGGUUGAUUCUUCAGCAAUAGUGGUUGAUACCCAGCAGCGUUACUGAGGGGCAUUAAUUUAAAUUAGCUGGCACCUUAAGAUUCUAGUACACCUAGAUUUCAUUUUGGGAAAUCACCAGUAACUUGCCUGACCAACCAAUUUUAGAGAAAAAGUAACCAGAAGGAAGCUUUAUCUAGGCAAAGUCAUAUAAAUUCUCCAACUGAAAGCACUCAUGAAAAAACAAGGUCACAGCCCUGCCCAGAGGGUCCCUGGAGAUGGGCGUCUCUCCCAGCUCCUACUCCAGAGAACCAGGUCUUCUCCAGUCCUGUAGCACUUCAUUCUGCAGGCAGUUGAGCCAUUUUAACUUACGAGGCACAAUAUUUCCAAAGUAUACUAUAGACAUUUGAACUUUUCAUUUCCAUCCCCUGUUCUACCUGCCAGUUUUUCUGGAUCUGGACUUGCCAUGAGUUUAAGCGUUAGGGACAUGACACUUCUUAGAUUCUGAAGACACGUCUCCUGCUCAUGGAUGACUGGCUUCCUUAGGAAAAACAGAAUCUCCUUUCUUCCAAAAUCAGUAGGAAAUCUAAACUUACCCCUCUUUGAAGAUUUCUAGACGCUUCAGACAUUUUUAUAGGAACCUAUGGAAAAAAAUCCUUGUUAAUGUGUUUUUCUGAAACCAGGAUUCAUACCUGUGCUGUUUUAGAAUAUCAUUUCUGCAUGUGUGGUAAAGAUUUUUGUGUUUGUAUGAAAAAACAGUUUGCUGAAAAGUUAGUCUUAAUUAUUUAUUGGCCACUAUGAAAUAGAUUUCAGCUAUAGAACUCCACAUAUUUUGGAAUCUCAUUCAGGACAGUCUGAGUUUAAUAUACCUUCAUUUUUAAACAUGCUCCAGAGAACUCUACUUACCUUAUGGAUUCCACGAGACUUUUCUUCUUGAAUGUGCAUCAAUUAUGCUUUGCCCCCCAACCUUGAAAUAUAUUCUUAACCUGAUAAAUGCACUCAGACUUGCAUCUUUAGGAAUUUUAAAUUUUCUUUCACUACAUUGGCACUUAAAUUUUUCUUUAUAAAACUUUUUGAAGGGCAUAAACAAAGACCAUAAACUGAUAUGCCUAAUACAUUUCCUCUGUGUGUGUGUAACAUUCCAAAUACUUUUUUCUUUUCCACUGCUUGUAAAGCGCAGCAGUUUAAUAUUUCAAGGGACUUUUUGAGAGUUCCUUAAGAACCAAUUUUAAAUUACUUCAGUGCAAUCCUACACAGUAUCAACAUUAGAAUUUUGAUGUUACUUAGUCUUAUGUUAUCUUCCAUUCUAUUUUUAUCUGCUUCUUGCUGCUAGUUUCAAAUUGCCAGUAUUUUUCUUUUUGCUUUUUAAGCAGUUACAACAUUUUUCAUAUAGCCACAGUAUUGCCACAGUUUAUUAUAAUAAAGUGUUUUAAAUUUGAUUUAGAGCAUUCAAAGCUUUUCUUCAUCACUUUUGAUUGUGUUUAGACUAUAAUCUUUGUGUGCGUGUAUGCUGUAUAUGUGCGCGCAUGCGGGGUGUGUAUGUUUGUUUACAGGUUUUUUUGAUGCGUUCUUGAAGUUGUGUUAAUGUUCUCCCAGUUUAUUAUGCCAUCAGAAUGGUAAAUGAGAACACUACAACUGUAGUUAGCUCACAAUUUUUAAAUAAAGGCUACCACAGUGCA